AUGGGGUGUGUUCAAGGCAAGGGGUAUGGUUUCUCUCCGGAUAGGCUUGAGAGGAUGAAAGUAGAGAAUGGUUAUGAUAAAGGAAGUAGAGUUGAAAAACAACGACGAAGAGAACAACAACAACAACAACAAACGAGGGAUAUGGCUCGAAUUCGCGACCAUGUAGUACUUGACGAAGAGGAAAGAAAUGGUAGUACUAGAGAUCAAAAGGAAAAGAUUAAAGGAAGGGAUGGAAUUGGAAAUAUUGGAGUUAAAAUAGGAAUAAUUGAUCAAUCACAAAGAGGUACAAGUGGUAAUGGUAGGAAAAUAGGAGGAGAUGAAUUGGUGGAUGGAUGGCCUAAAUGGCUUGUUGAUAAUAUUCCUAAAGAGGUUUUGGUUGGUUUAGUUCCAAAAACUGCUGAUUCAUAUGAUAAGCUUGCUAAGGUAGGUCAAGGGACAUAUAGCAAUGUGUAUAAAGCUAGAGAUAGGAAGAGUGGGAAAAUAGUUGCCUUAAAGAAGGUUAGAUUUGAUACAAGUGAGCCAGAAAGUGUGAAAUUCAUGGCAAGAGAGAUCAUAAUAUUGAAAAGACUUGAUCAUCCAAAUAUUAUAAAACUUGAAGGAUUAGCCACUUCAAGAAUGCAAUAUAGUCUUUAUUUGGUUUUUGACUUUAUGCAAUCGGAUUUAACUAAACUUAUCAAUCAUACUCAAGAAAGACUCACUGAGCCUCAGAUAAAACGUUACAUGGAGCAAUUGUUAUCUGGACUUCAACAUUGUCAUGAGAGAGGAAUAUUGCAUAGAGAUAUUAAAGGGUCAAAUUUGCUAAUAGACAAAAAUGGGAUGCUCAAAAUUGCUGAUUUUGGACUUGCAAAUUUUUAUCAAACAAAGACAAAGAGGCCCCUAACAAGUAGAGUUGUGACACUUUGGUACAGAGCACCAGAAUUACUUUUGGGUUCUACUCAUUAUAGUGUUGGAAUUGAUCUUUGGAGUGCUGGUUGUCUUUUGGCUGAAAUGUUUGUUGGAAGACCUAUUUUGCCUGGUAGAAAUGAGAUUGAACAACUUCACAAGAUAUUUAAGUUAUGUGGUUCACCAACAGAGGAAUAUUGGAAGAAAGUAAAGCCACCAACAACAUUUAGGCCACCACAACACAAGCCUUGUUUUGGACAAAUUUUCCCAAAUUUGCCUCAUUCUGCUUUUCCCCUUUUAUACACACUUUUGUCUGUUGAGCCUCAUUUGAGGGGCACUGCUGCUACUGCCCUCCAAAAUGAAUUCUUUACAACAAGUCCAUUAGCAUGUGGGCUUUCUGAACUGCCUAUCAUCAAAGUAGAAGACGAUGGGCCUGCCCAAUCCAUUGAUAUAACAAGGAAGAGAGCUUCAAAAGGCAAACGGGUUAGGAAAAAUAGGGAGGGCUAUAGAAAAUUGCUCUCCAAUAUUUCUGAAAACUCAAAAGAGGAUGAUGAAAAGCAGCAAGGGGAGUUAAGUAACCAUAGUGGUGCAAGUAGCAGUAAUUCAUUUUCCUUAAGCAUGAUUAAUAAUAAUAAUAAUCAAAAUCCUCCUCCUUCACCAACUCCAUUUUUCAAAUUUAGAAAUAUUAAUCAAUCUUCUAAAACUGAGGCACAUCCUAAUGCUCUAAAAAAUAUAAAAAAUUAUCCAAUUUUAUUAGCCUCUAUUACUGAAGCAGCCAAAAAUUAUGAAGAUAACAGAUUGAGUCUCAAUCGUAGGUCAAUAUCCACCAUUGAUUUUAGAAAUCAUCAUGAUCUAAUGGACCACAACAUCUCUAAGUUAUUCAGCUUUGAAGAUACUAGUUAA